CUCAUAUCCAUUAUCGGCUCUUUUGUUGUCAAGCAUUCUUCCGUUGAAUCAAGCACAAUGGAAGCCUUGCGUCGAGUUGAAGCGAGAUCUCGUGGUACCUUGCAAGUGUGCCGUAUCCGUGGAUUAUCCACGAUCGAUUGAGAUGAAUUGCGACCGGGUAAUUUUCACGCGUGACACCAGAAACAAUUUACGUGGUCAACCGGUCGUAUCAAUUAGUCAAAGGAACUGUGGUCACCAAAUCUUACCGGAAAAUAUCAUUAAUUCCGAUUUGAAUCUUAAAAGACUCGACCUGUCGAGCAAUUCGAUCUAUCGGCUGAUGGAUCGCUUGCUACAGACGCAAAGUGAACUGCGCGAACUGCGACUCGCUGACAAUCUUUUGGGCGACAACUUAAAUCCGAUAUUCUCCAGUAACGAAUUCCAUGGCAUGAAAGAGCUCAGGAUACUCGAUUUUAGCAGAAAUGGGCUUAGGAGCAUCGAGGAAGGAAUAUUAAAAGGAUGCGUAAAUUUGGAAGAACUAUAUCUCGAUGGCAACAAUUUGACUACGGUGCCUACCGCUUCUUUGAAAGGACCACGUGCUAUCAAAGUGCUAUCUUUGGCAAGCAACAAUAUCG